AUGGCAGAGCUACAGAGGCUUGUGUCGGAGAAGAAGGAUAUGGUGGAAAAUGUGAUGGAGGUCUUUGAACAAGGAGCUGAGGUGGUUGCAAGUAUCGCCGGCGACCUUUUCCCAGUCUUCGCCAUCGCAGCUCCGAUCGUCAAACUGGCUCUGGACAACGUAGAGAGCAAAGAGGCAACAUACAUGAAGGAGCAGUUUCAGAGGGUGCGAGACCGCCUGGAGGUGGUCUCGGAGGAGAUCCAGAGGAUCAACGAUGAGAUCAAGAAGAGCGGGUUGGAUGCUGUGUAUUUCCCCGUGGAGGAGAACAUCACUAACCAGUUCAGGAAGUACAUGGACAUCCUCAACGCCAAGCCAAAGUUCAGGGAAGUCAAGAAGAAGCUUUUCCUCGACCACUUUGGCAAAAGUGGCGGGGACAAAAACCUUCACACGCUCUACAACUCGGUGACAGGAGAUAACUUCUCCGGGGAAUCUGUGCUGGAGAUCACCCUGAACUAUGAGGAGAAAAGUCGCCGGCCGGUGGAGGACUUCUGUGCCAGGCUGAAGAAGCUCUUCUGUAUCGGGCUGAUCGCUCUGCUGGGCCACGCCGCUCUGAAGGGAUACGAUGAAGAGGAUGCACUUCUGAAAGACUGGGGUGAGAAGAUGAAGGUGGUCCAGGAGAAAAUGAAUGCUGUCAUCUUAGACUGCAUUGAAAGCUUCCCCAAGCAGGCAGAGCUGGAUUCCCGCCGCCUGGUGAGAGACCAUCCAGAGCUGACCAAUCAGCAGCUAGCUGAUGCUCUCAUAGAGAAGCUCAAGAAGAAGUAUGACUGGGUGGGGUGGUCUGUGCGUAUAUUCAGGUCUCCUUCAGGCCUGUUAAACAAAAAGAAAGUCUUCCACUGCCCGACAGGGAAGAGCCGCUUCCAGGUCCCCUCAUCAGAUGAGAAACUGAACAUCGUGGUGUCGUACAGCUCCUCGCCUGAGCCUGUGGACAGGAAUCGAAUCGAGCAGGUGAUCCAGAGUCAGAAGAGGCUCUCGGUGGUGAGUCUGGCUGAGACCCUGUUUGAGAUUUUGCCCGGCGAAUGCAUAGUCCACACGGUGAAAAUGAGCAAAGAUCUGGCCUGUUCCUGGAGCUUCACAGAGGAGCUCUACUACUGGGAGGAGCACAAGCCCCUGUACGUCUGCGUUCACUCAGCCUGA